UCCAUCAACUCCAAUCCUUACGUACAUACGUAUAACGUGACUGACGAUACAUAAUAGUUCAUUCUUCGACUUUCUUUAACAUCCAUUUCCUAGUGAUGCGCAAUGGAUUUAAAGCAGCCAUUAUCCCCACUAAUAUCUCAGGAUGCUGCCACCGCUGAAGAGGUUCCAAGCAUCGAUAUCCAUCAUCCUUGCUACCCAACACCACUAUUAAAUUUCCCCGCGCUAGACGACGGCGGUGCUGAUUAUAACUUGGUAUUUUACGCGUGUUGCAUCUUGGUUGGUAAUGCUUGGUUUCCAGUCAACGCGCGCGCAUAUCUUACCCUUACUCCCGAUCCCUCAAAUCCCAUCCCGAUAUCUGCAGAUGGGAUCCUCCGCGAGAAGAAAUACUGGCUUCACCUACCAGGUUGGUCUGACAAAGGCAAGUUCUUCUAUACUACUACUUAUACAUAAUAUCAUCUUAAUCGUAUUGAUCGCGAAGCAUAAUGUUAUCUAUAUUAAUAGCCAAUCCCAAUUAACAGAUCCGUAUCCCAUAACCCCAA